AUGGACUCCGCCUCGUUGCCAGACAAACGCGCCCUCGACCUCCUUUCUUCGCUCCCCGCCGACAAGAAGAUUCGUCUCAGCGGUGGUACCACCACCACCACCACCACUGCAGCAGCAGGCACUGCUGUAGCUCAAACCGUGGCCCGGGCAGCCCCAUCACCACCAUCACCUUCACCAGCCGCUGCAGCAGAACGACACUACCUUGACGUACUGCCGGGUGUUGUACUCAGGGAGAUCGUCUCCUUCACGACCGAUAGCUCUCUCAGCGGCGUCUGUAGGACAACUCUGGGAGCCAUUCGCGAGCUGCACUACAAAGUCAACAUGACCGAAGACGUUGUUGGAGCGGAAAUAAAACACCACAUGGGACUUGACGCUUCUGGAGCUCUGGCUACUGGCAGGGAUGUCGUUCGAAUCACGAUCACUCACGUGCACGAGGUAUGUCAUUGUGCUGCGCUCCUCCCGUGA